ACCUUCCUCGUCGGAAUCACACAGCUGAGGGACGUGCAACGAGAUCAAACCAUUCUGUUAUGAGCCAACCCAUAAAUCCGCCCUCGCCAACAACUGGGUACACCCACGUUCCCCCCUCUCCCCCGGCAUCCAAGCCGAAGAAUGGCGGUGGCGAUUCAACGGUCGCAGSGAGAACAAUUUCCACAUCGCGAAAAAUGAUGGUUGGGGCGAUCGGCGUGCUGUCGAUCUUUGUUCUGGUCCAAACCUAUUUCUACACGUACGAUAGCCCCGRAGAUAUUGUCGCUGCGGCGCAUGCUUCGACGUCCACUGCAGUAACGAUUGGUGGUGCUUUGUACCGUGAUUCGGAGGUCGAACCCAAACAUUCCUGGAUGGACAAKAUAGUCUUUCACCGGUCCAGUCUUGCGGGCGUGUCCCACGAGCUUAAACGUAGAAAGCAGRGAAGAGAUAGAAAAAAUAACAUAACGACCAAGGGGCACAAGGAAAAGAAUACGAAGGCUGCAGYAGCAAACKACGCGAACGACGACAUUGGUGAUUAUAGCAGCAUGAUGGAAGAUAUCUCCGUCCUCUACGAUGCCGUCGCACAGACCGUUCGUGACAUUGGGGUUCGCGGGCUGUUGUUUGAGGUUUUGUCCGACGACUUCGAGUACUACGUUUACAACGAUGAAAGCAACAGCAGCGACGAAACCGGCGACGACGACUCGUCCUCCGAUUCCKUGGACGAGCUGCACACCUAUUGGCGGAAAUGCAGUUCGAAACACGGGGUUGGAAAGGAUUGCAACGAAUGGGACGUGUGGUGGACAUAUCACUAUGUAGGAAUCGUCAUCACCGAUAUGUUGSUGCAAGASAAUGAGUUGCUGUGGGACGGAUCUUCUGGGGAAAAGAUCACGGCAGCCAGUGCUGGCCCCGACGACCAAGACACGAGCAUGGCAACAUUGCUGGACAAGAUCCACCACCUGCAAGCGACGCUGCCAUACCUUACCCAGGCCAGCUUCCACRCACAGCAYGCGCUGAUAUGGCGGUACGUCGAGCGGUCGUCCGGGCGAUUGUCUUCCUCGUAUCCGUGGGACGUGUCGAUCCGGUUUUGCCGCGGGGAUGGAUCGCGAGAAAAGGGGAUUGUCGGCCGUCCGGUCGGGAAGGGCAUUGACCACGAAUGUUUUCACGGGUUUGGCCACGCCAUGUUUUAUGCCGUAGCGGCGAAGCAGAUAAGGCAACGGCGGCACGAGAAGCAGCAUAGAAGAGCCACAAAGUCGAAAAACAAAGACGAGGGAAGAGAACCUUUCUUGGUGCUGGCUCCACACAGUGGUUUUACGUUGUCUCAGAAAUCCUAUUGCGAGGUUUACGAACUGUGCCGGGGCGCAUCUCCAACGAAAGAGGAACGGCGUGCUAUGGAUCCUAACGRCGAAGCGAGAGCAAAUUCGUACAGGAUAUGUUUCGAAGGUGUGGUACACUCCGUUCGAUUGAUGUCGGAGGAUUCCAAGAUGACCCACAAACAAAGUGCAAUUGACAUAGUGGACAAGGAGAUGAAGCGGUGUGCAUCGGCGAAGAAAAAGAAGACAAAGAAAAAAGGCCACGACAACGAAAGGAGGUAGAUAGAAACCAAGAUGAAACGCUAAAAAAAUAGGUGGGACCAUUUGCUCGUUUUACAGUACUACGAAAAAUACAACUCGUACAUUUUUGGAUGCUGGAUUGCCAAACGAAUUAUUCAACUGAAGUUUACCACUAUUACUGCCUUUGGUUCGAUUAAAAUGAAAACAGAGCC